AUGGUAGGUCGUCAUUCGAAAUCGCGUGCAGCUGAGAAAGUUGAGGAGGGCUUGGAUGAGUGCGGCUUCGAACUGAGCACCUCGGUCGGUCGUAAUUGUGAAUGGGGCAACGAAAACGGCGAUCCAAACACUGACGGAAUCCUUAACGAUGUUGUCGUUCCCAUGUUCGUUAAGGGGAUUGCUUCGGCCCAGUGGAUGUAG